GAUUAAAGUAGACGGCACGCGUCAAAAUGAUUGAUUGAUGACCUUACGUCAUUUUGACCUUUGCGUGUCCGAAUAUGUGCCCCCUCCCCGUCCCCCCUGUUCCCGUGGUCACGUGUUAUUUUGUGUUAUUUCAGAUCUCUAUGUCAUCCUUUGAAGUAUUCCAGUUGAUGGAUGUCUAGGGGGCUGGUUGAACUGUGGUUGUUGUGUUUGAACUUUUGGACCUGGUAUGACCCCCCAGAUGUAUCGCCCAUAUGUGUAUCUGAUGAAUCCGGAAUGUCCUGGGCAUAUGCCUUAUAAAUGUCCAGAACAAGCAAUUUUUAAAAUAAAGACUUGAAUAUUAAACAUCUAAAAUAUGUCUACAAGGGCAAUUAUCGGUGUGCUUUGCAGCUCAUGUCAAGAAUCCAACGACAAAAGCCUGGAGGAUGUUUUGCGUGAGGCUCCCGAAUGUUUUAAGGGCUUUUUGUGUACAAGCGACGGGCAUAUGUCUUACAUCUUUAGCCCGGAGGAAUCUACGGUUAAGAUAUUCACAGACAGCGUGUCCCAACCCUUUUAUCGGGCAGAACCCGAGAGUUUUUCUCCAGCGCUAAGGAUGAGAGAAUGGCUUAAAAUAAGACUAGCGCUGUGUCAAAUGGAGCGCGCCCUAAGUGUUUCAAGGCUGCCCGGAUAUGCGUUGGAAGAACAGGUCUGUGGCCGAAGUGAUAUAAUGGCCAUAAGAAUCGCGUCAAUGGCGUAUACCCCGGACUCCAGAGUGACAAUUUUAGCAUGUGAACAAUUUGAUAGUGCAAAUGCUUCGAAAACGGUCAGAUCACAUGUAUCUUCCAAAGCAUGCAAGGAUGUAAAUUUUUUCCAAAUAAUGUUCAGUUUUAAAUGGCGCGAUUACCAUAUUUUCAGAACACUGAUGAAUAAGCUGGACAGUCUUUUCGAAAAUCGGGAACAAUUACGGCGAUGGCCUCGGUUAUCGUUGAGACAUUCCCAAGACCCACAAGGCAGAAGGCGGAUCUAUCCCUGGAGUGAAAACGGCCAGAGCUUCGAUGGAGCGGGCAAAAGACUUUGCGACGGGGAGUUGGAAACGGAUAAUGGUCAGGGCUAACCGGACCCUAUAUUUGUAAGAAAUAGUAAAACAUGUUGAAUUAUAAAGUGUGUUAAAAUGUAUGUGUUAAAUAUUUAGGAAUUCAAUAAAAGGAGUUUUAAAAACUGUAUCUCACCCGUAACUAUGUGAAACGGUAUUUCACAUCUUCAGCCAACUCGGUCGCGAAGAAAAAGACAUUGAAAAUCAGGGUGCGUGCAUGAGUGUGCGUGUGAAGGAGCAGCAGGAGUGUGUGUGUGCGUUUCAAAAAACAAAGGGUUUGUUUGUGUGGGUUCAACAUGGGGUCCCAUCUGUAGAGAAUCGUUUGAAAUCCCAAAGUUUGAACUAUCCAGCAUAUGGCCUGUCAAGGUAUCGGCCGACCGCCCGGGGUUAAACCAGGAUAUCUAAUCAACGCCCCCCCAGGACCCCCCAAACAAAACGCAUGACAGAACGGUUCUUUGAAUUCACAGCCUUUUGGUCUAAAGCAAACAUACAGUUGGUUGCAUACAGGCUAUCUCUCGAAACUCAUUCCGUACUUUAACAAGUUAGGGACAGAACGUCUAUUUUUAACAAGUUUAGCACGGCUUUAGCGCAAACCCAAAGGCCCGAAUAUUUAACUGCCAGGACAGAUAGCAUAGGCUGUAAAGCCCUCCUAAUGGAUAUUUCUGGAGGUGAGUAAAUGAGAAAUAUAGUUUAAGAUUUGUUUGAAUAUUAUUGUAAUAACAAACCCCCGAGUUAUUUGGGUAUUUCAGACCAAAGGCCAAUAUGUGUUAAAAAGUGUAUAUAUAUCGUAUAACGGUUAAUAUUGUCUAACGGUGGCUAGAGUCCCAAACCUUUACGCAGCUUUUACACGGUUUACCUGAUCUGGAACAACAUGAGGGGGAUACACACUCUCAAAAAUCAGGCAGUCAGUCGCCAUCAGACUUUUUUCGUUUCGACAUACCGCCAAGAAUGAUAAAGGAUUCGUUAUGGACAGCGGACACGAGUGACAUGGAUGCAAUUCUACCGUUCUGUACGCGCGUUUUUUCAAACUCACCGGGAACGUCCACCCCCUCACGACAUAUUCCAGACCCCAACAGGCAACGCACAACUGUGGCCCAAGUACAUUGCUCAGAUUCAACCCCACCCGAAAAGUACGGCUGGGCCGGGAACUUGAGGCUUCGCGAGCAGGCGCUCCAAGGACAUGACUGCCCGGAGACAGACCCUGCAGAAUCGGGAACGCUAGCUGAAAAAAGCCCAGAGCCCUCGGUAUCAGCAAUUCGUCAGAACAAGCGCCAAAAAAGCCUAGACUCAGCCCCGGCGAAAAACGGCACAGACGGACACAUACACCUAGAGCUGGGGGAUUCCGGCGCCCCGAACAUUCCCGAUGAAACAACCGAUAGACCUGUUUUUAAUGACAUUUCAGAUGUUGACGACCAGCUUUUCUGUGAUGCGGCCAACCUUAUCGACCCCGUCAAUUCUACGGCAUCAGUACCUGCAGUAGAACAAGAAAGGUUUUUCACAUUAUUUUCCAGGGCUUUGAAAUCAAGGAAUGUUUUGCUAUACAAACGAGUGGGUGAUUUAAUUGAGAGACAGUACAGAGACGAUAUGUUAUUCUGGCAUAGAACAAUUCCCCGCAUGUUAAACAGCAAACCCAUUAAAAAACGCAAAUACAGACGCUAAAAUCAUACAUGUAACCACCAAUCAUUCCCGAAAAGACCCAAAAACGCACAUCCUUAAUUAUCCAAAUGGCCGAACUACAGAAACAAGGUGCGACAGUUGAAAGCCUCUUAGCGCAGAUCCCGCCAGAACUCUUAGAAGUUAUUACACGUAUGAACGAGUCUGGGGUGUGCGAUGAAAGCAUAUUAUCCCAGAUUCCAGCCGAACUCCUAGAAAUGAUUAAUCGCAUGAACGAGUCAGGGGGGCCCGAUGAAAACCUGUUAUCACAGAUUCCCGAAGCCCUCAUAACCUUAAUUAAUCGUCUGAACGAGAGUCAGACAUUUUCGGCCCCGGCAACCCCAACAGAGAUAGACCAACCAAUAUCGCCCAGGUCCGUAGAGUCUGAAACGCCACAAGAUGUUUUUGGGGAAUUGGAAAAUUGUCUAAUACAUCUGGCGGGAGAUGGUCUUGAUAGACGUGUCCGGGUUGUGUACCGGAAUAAAUUCAACAAUACAGAGAUUCGACAGUUUUUCAAUUUCCUAUGGGUGAAUCAGAAUCUUGACUAUGCGUUGUUUUACAUGAUGAUAACGGACACUCUGAACGAUCUGUUAGAGACGGCUAGAGAUUAUGGCGAACCACGGGAUGUUCUACAGUUGGAACUUUGUGGAGAUAGCCUGCAUAACACAGUAUCUCUUAUUUUACCCAAUGGCGAAGCAGAUCUUGAACAAUUUACCGCGCUGCUAGAACGACUUGUUCAGUCAAAUUUUGCCAUCAUAGCCGAUCGAACCCUCGAGCUUGUAGUUCAAAUAAUACGUCAACCCCAGGGGGGUGGUGGGCAGAGAAGGAAGCUUGAUAGCCUAAUGCAAUCGGAAAUCCUAAGCAAUAAAAGGGCCUACCUCAUAAACGUUCACAAUCCCGAUAAUAAGCUAUGUUUUGCAAUAGGCCUAGCGCAUUUACUUAACCCAGGAUGUACUGAUCUGACGGCAUUGCAAAAGGCUAGAGAGAUCCAAACGGGGGUGGGUCUCGGUAUACAUGAGGGGGUUGCUUUUUCCGACAUAUUCAAAUUUGAAAACCUUCUGAAUAUCAAGAUUGUGGUUUUGUACCACAGUAGAGCUAAUGCAUCUCUCUUGAAGUUCCAAAACACCCCCCAACCGCACCCGCAGAUUCUGUAUUUUUAUGUGCAAAACGAACAUUACUACGCCAUUACCAACAUCACGGCGUUCCUCGGGACCCCCUAUGUGUGUCCAUCAUGCCAUACCGGCUACACCCGAAAGGGGGGGCACUCGUGCCGUUAUAACUGUUCUGUAUGUCAAGAUGCAGAGUGCCCAAUGCAACCCUUAAACUUGACACCCUGUGCUGAUUGCCACCGCACAUGUCGUUCGACCUACUGUUACGCUAAACACAAAAUUGAAACAUGGCACCCUAAGGCCUGUAAAUCUGUAAGCAUUUGUGCCAUUAACAAGAAAUGCCCAAAAUGUCAUUGCAAUUACAACCUUAAAAUAGAUAGCCCUAAACCACAUGUGUGUGGAAUCAUUCAUUGUCCAAUCUGUAAAGGGCCUUUGAAAAGCAGAGACGCUGAAGUGGUUCAAGAAGUGCCACACGAGUGUUAUAUUCAGCCCUUGGCUGAAGAUGAACAUUCAGAGAAAUAUGUGUUCUAUGAUUUUGAGACAAAUCAGCAAUCGGGGGAUCAUUUGCCUAUUUUUGUAUCUACCAUGACAUUCAAGGGGGAAAAGUGGUCUGCAGAAGGAUCCAAUUGUGCACUACUCUUUCUAAAACAUUUUAGAAAGCCACAGUACAGAAACUUCACGUUUAUAGCCCACAAUGCUAGAGCCUACGAUUCUUACCUGCUUCUGAAUCCCUUGAUACAGCAAGGCGUGGCACCCUGGGUCAUAGCUCAAGGUAGUAAAAUCUUGUGUUUUGUAGACCCAGCCUUCAACCAGAGAUACAUUGACAGUCUAAGCUUCUUACCCAUGCGAUUGGCUCAAAUGCCAGAGGCCUUGGGUUUUGAAAACUCUGUGAAAGGUUGGUUCCCCCACUUCUUCACAUCUGAUGAGAAUCUACAUUAUGUCGGAGCAUAUCCCAGCCCUGAAAUGUACGGGUGUGAUCAAAUGUCUCCCAAAGAGCGUGAGAGAUUCAUGACGUGGUACGAGACAGUAAGACAUGGCACCUUUGAUUUCCAUAAAGAGAUGGAAUCAUACUGUGACAAUGAUGUGGUUAUACUUCGUGAAGGAUGCCUCAGAUUCAGAGAAGAGGUAAUCAAAGAUGCAGGUAUUGACCCCUGGAGUUGUACAACUAUUGCAUCGGCAUGCAUGAAAACCUAUCGUACACACUAUUUGCCGCCCGCUUCAAUAGCCAUUCCCUCGCCUGACAACUACCGACGCCAAUUCAAGUCAUACUCUAGUGGGUCCAUUCAAUGGUUAGAGUAUAUGGCCCAGGAUAAAGACAUUUUUAUUCAACAUGCUUUGAAUCUAGGGGAGAAGGCAUUUGGCUCUUACCAUGUAGAUGGCUACACACAGAUUGACGGGGUUGAGACCGCGUAUGAGUACAACGGUUGUUUCUUCCAUGGUUGCAAAUCUUGCUUUGUGCCCCAGACCCUGUGUGUCCUAACCCAAAAGACUUUUGGGGAAAUGUACCAAGAGUUUCAAGACAAAGUUGAUUCUUUACAGGCUACUUACGGUCUAAAAGUGGUUGUUUUGUGGGAGCACGAAUGGACAGCCCUCAAAAAGUCUGAUCCUAAUGUUCAAGCCUUCCUUUCCAGCUUUGAAACCCCCGAGCCCCUGGAACCGCGCCAGGCCUUGUAUGGCGGCCGUACCAAUGCUUUGACAUUGCGGUAUGUAGCGCAACCCGACGAGACAAUAGGCUAUGUAGAUUUUACAUCCCUUUAUCCUCAUGUAAUGAGUUCCUCAUGCUAUCCUAUAGGGCAUCCAGAAAUUAUUCAUCGGGAUUUUGACUUACCCCAAAACUAUUUUGGUCUGAUCAAAGCAACAGUCUACCCUCCUAGGGGUUUGUUUAUACCUGUGUUGCCUUACAGGGGCCCUCAAGGAAAACUUUUCUUUCCCCUUUGUCGCACAUGCAGUGAAAACAUACAGCAAACCCCAUGUGAUCACUCAGAUCAAGAAAGAGCCCUGACAGGGGUGUGGGUCACAGUUGAAUUCUCUAAGGCUUUAGAGAUGGGGUAUCGUGUGGCCAAAAUCUUUGAAGUAUGGAACUUUACCAAGAAAUCAGACACUCUUUUUAAAGAGUACAUCAAAACCUUCUUGAGAUGUAAGCAAAUGGCUUCAGGCUAUCCUGCAUCGGUCACAGAUCAAGAGAGUAAAGACAGGUACAUUCAAGACUAUCACGACAGAGAAGGCAUCCUUCUUGACCCUGACAGAAUAGAGGUCAACAAAACCAAACGAAAUGUGUCGAAAUUGUACUUAAACUCGCUUUGGGGCAAAUUAGCGCAGAGGUGUAAUAUGCUAACAACGUCGAUUAUUAAAGACCCGGAAGAAUUUUUGGAAUUUGUUUUUUCGGACCAAUACGAAAUUUCACAUUUUUCAUUCUUGAGUCAAGACAUUGCCUUGGUGCAAUGGCGACGUAACAAGAAGUGGGUUCUACCUCCGGGUAAUGUAAAUGUGUUUCUUGCAGCAUUUACCACGGCCUAUGGCCGACUUGAACUGUACAAGCUCAUGGAGCAGCUUCAGAGGCGGGUUCUUUACCACGACACAGACUCUGUGGUCUAUGUAAGCAAACCGGGGGAUUGGAUCCCCCCACUCAGCAACUAUCUGGGUGGCUUAACGAGUGAACUCGCAGAGGGUGACCAUAUCACCGAAUGGUCCUCCUGUGGUCCUAAAAGCUAUGCUUUUAGAACUAAGGACAAUCACGUGGUUUUGAAAGCCAAAGGCGUGACUCAAAACUAUGAAAAUGCCCCGCGUGUAAACUUGGAAUCAAUCACACGCUUGGUCGAGGGGUUCCUAAAUGACAGGAAUAGUGACUUGGAGAUUUUGAGCUCCUACAAAAAGAUUGUUAGAGAUAAAAAGGGCUUCCAUCUGAGGAAUGCCCCACUCACUAAAAGAUUCAGGGUUGUCUAUGACAAGAGACGGCUUUUGCCUGACGGGACCACAUUGCCCUAUGGCUACUGACUUAUGCUACAUGCAGCAGUGUGUCAGGCGUGACUCAAAACUAUGAAAAUGCCCCGCGUGUAAAACUUUGAAUCAGUCACACGCUUGGUCGAGGGGUGCCUAAAUGACAGGAAUAGUGACUUGGAGAUUUUGAGCUCCUACAAAAAGAUUGUUAGGUCUAAAAAAGGGGUUCCAUCGGAGGAAGGCCCCCACUUACUAAAAGCUUCAGGGUUGUCUAUGACGAGAGACUGCUUUUUUGCCUGACUGGACCACAUUGUCCCUUUGGCUACAGACUUAUGCUACAAGCUACAGGGUGUCUUAAAGCUUAAGAUAUAAUGACUGCUGUAGAAGGUUUUGACCCCCGGUUGCAACUACCAUUUUCGGCCUUAAUCGCAGGGCCUUCGAAUAGUGGUAAAACUUGUUUUGUAAAAAGUAUUUUAGAGAAUUCUGAACAUGUGUUAUCUCAAAAGCCUGAUAAUGUUGUGUGGUGUUAUUCUUGUUAUCAACCUCUGUAUGAUGAAUUGUUGAAGACAAUAAAAAUCAAGUUUGUUGAAGGAA